UAAAUGGGGUAGCACAAAGAGCGGGCCUCUCUCCCUGCUCUUUCUUACUCUUUGGCAGGGAACCAGGUAGACUAAUAUUCAUCUCAUGGACUAACAGUGAUUUUUUCCAAUAUUAAACCUCUCAUUUGCUGAUAAAAUAAUCAUUGUCUUCUGCCAUUGUUUCCUUUCAUUCUCUUCUGUCAUAUGUGUGUAUAUAUAUACACAUUUCAAUUCUUAGACCAGUGCGCAUAAUAAUUACAAGAUGCCAUGUGUUUUUUGUUUAAAACCCUUAACAUGGCCUAUUGAGCUUAAGUUGAAUUUGAACUGGACAUACUCUCACAGAGCUUUCCAGAUAUUUGACCCUAAAUCCCAGAGAACUGCCCACGUUUGUCUGCCCCUGCACUGAUGUAGAUCCCUUUUGGGCAGUUCUUAGAUAUAACCCCAGUCCACGUUGACUAGAGACCUGGGGAGGAUGCUCUAUCACGGGCAGCAGGACAUCUUCCCUGGAUCCAGCUUGCAUGUUUUCAUUUUGGUUCCCUUGUCAUAUACAGACUAAAAAAACUGUAAAGUGCCAGAGGCAAAUAAAUAUUGUCGCACAUAGGAAUGGAAGACAAGUGGAAAACUCCAAGAGUGUAUCUCCUGUUUUCUAGAAUGAUUCCUCAAGCGAAUAUGGAAUUCUUUCUCUUUGGAGAACUUAAGAUGCAGCUGGGAAAGAAAACAAUAGUGUGUGAAUUGUAAGGAAUGCCCUGCUGCUCCUUCCAAGGAGCUCUUAAGAAAGUCAGCAGAGAAAGGAAUUGAAAGGACUAGUAAGGAAGGAAAUACUUUCAGUGUUCUUUCUCAAGAUGUUUGGCUUACAUUUUAACAUCACGAUUUAAAAGAUAAUGAAGGCUUUCCUGCAUCUGGGACACAGAGAAUCUGUUCUUACCUGCUACAUGAUGUAUGCAUUCCUCAGUGCCAGGAAUAGAAUACAGGAAUGAGACACAGUAACAGGAAGUGUUUCACAGUUGUGUGUUGGUAUAGCCGGUAUCCCUUUGAGGGGCGGGUGAGAAGUCCAUGCUAGGGUCAAACAUUUUCUUCUGUCCCAGGGUGUACCAACUGUAAAACAAAGACACAAGGGCGGGGGAGUAAACAGCAGAGGACAGCAAUUGAGGCGGUAAUGGAAGGGGAGGAGUUAAGUGUGGAAGCUAAGGGGGUGGGGGUCAGGAGGUGCUGACGCAGACCGCACUGGGUUCUCAUCACAAGCCUGGCAAAUGUGUGUCCUGUUAAGCCUGUGGGUCCAUACAAGUUAGUUAAGCCUUGCCCCCAUAGCUGAAAGAUGCAUUGGACAAAGUGGGAGAAAAUGGAGAGCUUGCAAAAAACAACUCAGUGUUUUAAGUUAAUUUAAAUAAUAUUUCCUAUAGUAUUUGAAGUUCUUCUAGGACUCUCUUAGGACAAUUUGAAUGUUGCUACAAUGUUCCUACACUCAUGAUGAAGGAAAGUAUGAAUUAUGCCAGAGUCCUUUGUUAACUGACUGAAAUUCAAAACUGGAAGAAAUGCCUUUCUGGAGAGGUUGCUGGAAGAUAGGCACCCUCCACAUUUCUGGUGAGAAGUUACAUCUGUGAAAAUGAGGCCAUCCCCAUGCCAACACACUGGGAGAAUGUGAAUACUGAGGUUCCCUACCAGCUGGUUUCCCUGCAGAACCAAACCCAUGAAUAUAACGAAGUUGCCAGUCUCUUUGGGAAAACAAUGGAUCGGAACCGAAUUAAAAGGAUUCAAAGGAUUCAAAACUUAGACUUAUGGGAGUUCUUUUGCAGGAAAAAGGCUCAGCUCAAGAAAAAGAGAGGUGUCCCUCAGAUCAAUGAGCAAAUGCUGUUUCAUGGCACCAGCAGUGAAUUUGUGGAAGCAAUUUGCAUUCACAACUUUGAUUGGAGAAUCAAUGGUGUACACGGUGCUGUCUUUGGAAAAGGAACCUAUUUUGCUAGAGACGCUGCAUACUCCAGCCGUUUCUGCAAAGAUGACAUCAAGCACGGUAACACGUUCCAGAUCCAUGGGGUCAGCGUGCAGCAGCGACAUCUGUUCAGAACCUAUAAAUCCAUGUUUCUUGCUCGAGUGCUAAUUGGGGAUUACAUAAACGGAGACUCCAAAUACAUGAGACCUCCCUCCAAAGAUGGGAGCUAUGUGAAUUUGUAUGACAGCUGUGUGGAUGACACCUGGAACCCAAAGAUCUUUGUGGUGUUUGAUGCCAACCAGAUCUACCCAGAGUACUUGAUAGACUUUCACUGACCCCGCUUCCCAGGCUCAGUGGUCAAAGCUUUGCUCUCUCGUUGCAGGAGGAUUUGGCCCCUGUCUUCUAGCCGCUAAAUAUAAAUAUUGGCUACUUUUGAAACAGAUGCAGGAAAGAAUGCGGCUGGAUAUAUAAAGAAGUACUGGCUGUCAGGUUGGUUACAUGUUGUUCUGUUUCUGUCAGUUACAGUUUUGUUAAAGACCAAUACUGUUGCCAUUUAACAUACAUCAAUGAGAGCCACAUAAAACCGAACGGGUUAGGUCUCAUUACCGAGGCCAGGUGGUCUUCAAAGGUCACAUGUUUGUAUCAGGUCAAGUGAUUUUAGUUUGCGUUCCCCAGUAGGAGAACCAGCCCUUUAUAAAUGGAGUUUUGGCAUUAUUGUCUGUCAAUGAGCAUGUCCCUUUGUUGGUCUUCUAAAGGGGGCAUUAAAACCCUGAAACAGGCCCUGGUGCUCCCAGAGGAAAGAAACAAAGGCAUUGUCUGCCAUGCUGGCAGAUACGGUAGCAGAAGAGAGACCAAGACAGAGCCUGCUUCCCACUGCUGGAGGAAGGCAGGCUGCAGCCCCAGAACAGUUCACACCCUUCUCACCUACCUCCCACAGUUGAGCUGACCGUGGCUGCCAGUGGUCACUAGCUCACAGUUCAGCCCCCAGUGCUCUGUGGUCCCUGCCCCAAGAUGUUUAUUUUCUCUUUGUUUUCCAGGCCCUGCAGUGAUCAUUUCUAAGAGGUUUUAUCUAUGUCCACCCCCCCCACACACACACACACAUAUAGCUGUUCCACUGUGAUUCCUAAAAUCCACAUGUAUUAGUAGCUGGGUAUCUCCGUUUUGAAUGAUUGUAUGUGAAGAACAUGGGAUGCUGGGAAGAAGUCUGGUUUCUUUAGAGUAGCGACUGACAGAUCCCAACUCCUGAGCAGCUGUAGAACAGAGUUGUGCUCAUGGCUUUGCCUCUCCGCUUCCCUGCUGUGCUGUCCUGAAGAUGAAGUGGACAGUGCCAGCUUCCUGCUGCCCGUCGGUGUUCUAGCAGAGGUUGGACAACACCCUAGCAUGGUGUUGUCCAGGUGUUGAAGUGUUAGACAAGGAGCUGCCUGUCUGAUUGUCUACCCAGCAUUGAUUUUUCCAUAAUUCCUCAUGGGAAAGAUCACUCCCCAGGCCAUUCACCCAGAACCUUUGCCUAACUCUUAAUACUGCAUCUUGUCUCUACUAUCCCCAUUCAGCUUUAGCUGAGAUAAAGUGAGCACAAGUUAGCUUCUGGUACCCCUGCCUGUAUUGUUCUCUUUAUCAUUUGACCUGGGAAGCAUCUAGAAAAAAUACAUGUGUGGAACAGGAUUAGGGAUGGUGAUUCUUUCAGCUUCGUAUAUCACCAGAUUUUCCUUAUAGCCCUGAACAUGUGUAAUUGUACGGUGGGUAGUACAUAAACAGCACACAGGAAACUGUAUGCACAAUACUUGGGAGCACUGUGGCAGUAAUGACUUCCUGGCUCCAAUGUGUAGGUCCACCACUGGUUUAAGAAAGGACAGAAAGGACACAUUUUAAAACCAACUGUAGUCACUGCAGAAGUGCCUGGAGGCAAAUAGGCUAGGCUGCCUACCUGCUCACCAAACCAGUGUUCAAGGCAUUAGGCAUUCAGGAUCUAACCAUCUCUUCUACAGCUGUGUUCAUGUGAAGUAUUGAAGGCCCUCUUCUCUCGAGGCUGUCUCCCCCAGCUUUCAAUGCACACUUCUCUCAGUACUUGAAUGGGAUGACUCCUGUAGUUGGGGUUGUUUCCUUUAGACUUGUGUGUCCGUGUCAAGGUGACUGAGAAAGCAGGCGGUCUGUGCAGUCAGUCUCCUUUGUGGGCUGCAUGAGAGCAGCAGGGCACGUCCCAGGGCCGCCCUAAGGAAGCACUGCAUUGUUGGUGGACUGCCAGCCCCUUUUACAAGAAAGAUGUGAUUUGAUACGUGUUUUAAACUAUAACGACGUAGAAUUCACUCAUGUUAAACUUUUACUUGUUUUGUCUGGUAAGUGUAUAGUGGACCAUCGUUUCCCCUGCUCAUCGAAUCCAGUGGGAGGGGAGAGUGGGGGAAGCAUUGCAUAGUGAUGAGCUGUGCUACAAAGCUGGCUGAAUAAAUUCCGUUGAGUACAAACUUGUCUUAUCUCUGUGUGGAGUCUACACUUGGGGUAAAAAGAAAUGUGUUUAUGGAAAACAUUUUCCUAAAUCUUUUAUCUCCCACCAGGAACAGUUGAGAUUAAUGGAUCAUUUUAUUUCUAGACUGGUGGUGGUGGUGAUGAUGGAGAAUUAUGAUAUUUAAUGUCUGAGUGUAUUGUUUCCACAAUUGUUGAUUAAAGUUUUCUAUAUCAGG